AUGAUAUCAUCGGAACGCGUCUCGGUGUUGCAGCUGGUUAUCGGCUUCUUCGGAUUUAUGAAUGCUUUUGUGGCAUCUUUGCAAAAUGCGGAAAAAUCAUCACUUUUGGAUCUUUACAUCAAUACCCACUGGAUCACCACCAUUGUGGUCUUUGCAGGCGCAUCCCGGUUACUUAUGAUUAGUUCAUGGGCAUCCGAGAUCUUCUCCCUGAUGCUGCAGUUGCUCUGCUUUUGUGUUGUCGUUAAUGCGAUGGUGGCUGAUUUCUGGAAUCUUCGCAUUUUGUCGGCUUUGAACGGUACCAUGGUGCCUGCUGCAACAACGAUCUCAUAUCUAAAACUGUAUAACAGUAUGGAUGCUCUAUUAUGUGUGAUUGCAGUCUUGCUCUCCUCAUAUAUUAUUUAUCAGCAUUUUUAUUUAUCUGCUGCCAGCUCCUAUAGUCAGACGCCUUCAGUGAAGCUUCUUGGCAUGGGAACGGCAUUGGUUGUGCUUGGCGUGAUUCGUUUUGCCUGUUAUUUCUGCGAGUUUUUCAAAUUAGCUGGACAGGAUCGUCUACGGGCCCUAUUUGCCAACUACACACUUGACGAACCGGCCUGGAUCUGUGUUCAGUUAACUUUAGGUGUGCUCUGCGUUCUGUCUUCGAGGGGCAGCAAACUUUUACGAGCUCUCACGCUGGCGCUAGCCGCUUCCACUCUGAUGCCAUCAGUCUUCUACCUCUGGCUCGAUUACAGGUGGUGGGCAUCAUCGCGACUUUCAUUCGGGGUGCUCUCGAAAUCAUCAGCUUACUGGCAAGCGUCUGGAGUAGCGAUCUCCCUAUGUAAUGUCGGUGUGGUGACAGCAACGCUUGUUCAACUCCUGUCUAUGCACUCGACAAACCGACGAGUGUCACUGGAUGAGAAGACAAACCGAUUUUUUAUGAUAAUAGCGGCCAUAUUCCUGGUGCUUUCUUGCAGUACAAUAUCCCUUGACGUCUACACGAUAUGGAAAAAGCUAUUCUACAGGCUUUUCCAUGGAGCUGAACAAAAAACUCCUUUCCUGACCGCUCUCACUGCCAUCUUUGCGAUGGCCGCUUCGACAUCAAAAUUCGCUCCUAUUGCUGUUCCCGCAUGGUGA